AUGACUGUGUAUUUGUUCCCAACGAUCAUUGCAACAUCUCUAAUGUGGAAGCUCUCCCACGAGACACAUAAAAUCAGGGUCCUUUUCGGCUAUUAUAUCGUUGGCGCCUACGUUUGUUCCCUGGUGUUGGCACUGCAAAUGCCUGCUACCAAUUUAAGAGGAUACACGAAGCGGACUACCAGUGUUGCUCUGGUGUUUUUGGCAUACUACGCGGGAAAUAUCAUUGGACCACAUGCCUUCCUGGCUAAGGAAGCGUCAAUCUACCAGACCGGAAACAAGCGGAGAGAUGAGGCCGCAAGUAAUGUGAAUAAGAUUGAUUCUCCCCAGGAUGAUUAUGAGUUAGCUGAUUUGACUGACUUUGAGAAUCCUUACUUCCGUUAUGUGCUAUGA